UAGAACCUGGGAUACGAGAAGCCUCUGCGAGGCGCUUACAGAAAGCCUGAAAGGUGUCAUGCACUAGGUAGCCGAUUGUCUGUCGUCCCGGAAAGGAAAGCUCGGCUUGCAUCGCCAAAGGCAUACAGAUGGACCUUCAACAGUCCUCUGCCGUGGUUACUCUGGUUCAAAACGGCCAGAUGGCUGCUGCCGAAGUUGUGUCUCCUGACAGGACGCAGGGCGUCAGGAGGGUUCACAAGAGGGUCACCUCACCAACGUCCUUGCAGACUGGGGACUUCGGAAUCCUGUGGAAGAGGAACAAGUCUGAUGGAGAAGCUUCCACUUCACACGGCAAUGUGGGGGAGAUUGUCAGCACUGCUUCAUACUUGUCCUCAGAUCGUGGAGCUCAAGACAUGGCUCAGGGGCUGGGUUUGGAUGCUAUGGACGUUGAUGAUCUGCAGUCCAUGAUCUCUGAGAGGUAUCUGAGAAAUAUCAGCAAGCAGUGGCAUGCCCGGAAGAAGACAUCUGAAAACGCUCAACUCGUGAAGGCUUACAACGCUGCCCUCAGACAAGCAAAGGCGUCAGGAAGAAUCAAAGGCCACUACCAAGCGCAUGCAUCCGCGGCAUUCAAUAUCGAAGUCCGAAAUGUCCUCAAAGAGCGGCAGCACGAGGGGUUGUCUCCAGGGUAUAGAGCAGACUUGGAGGAGAGGCUGAAAAUCGCGAAGCAGGUCAUUGACAAUAGCUCCGCACUGCCGGGGCUUGGCAAUGGCUACGUGAAUCUGGAGCAAGCCUAUUCGAGUGCUAAUGACGACCUUCACCAGACGAUCACGCCGGCUUAUGUGCAGCGCGUCCAAAGUCUCGCUGCUCGAGGUGUCUUCAAGAAGAUUGGGGACGGCGUUGAAGACACAGUUCUGAAAAUGGUACAGGCCCUGUGAUAGAGCGCUGCACAAAAGGGAUACACACACUUGGCCGAAGCUGUACAUGUGGUUCAUCAAGGAGAUUUCGAGUUUCAUCGGAAAGAUGAUGUCCGUCAGUCACUUAGUCAGUACAUAGAUAGCGGAAGGUAUACGAGGAGGACACCUAACAUGUCAUGUCGAAGGACAUACUUCGCUUUGGAGGGGCUCGCUGAGAUCAUUUUAAGUGUGACUCGGAAAUUCUAGUCUCUGCUGCUCUAGUGUGACAGGACGUACGCAAGCAGAGACAGCCAAUUGCCAGAAGCCUUCACUGAUGCGGGCAUCGAGCAUGUGCAUUCUGCAUGCACAUGGCCCGACCAUGUUGACUCAAAAGUUGAUCAACUGAU